AUGGAUGAGAUCCCUACGGUGACAUUAGAUAGACUAACUCUGAUAGAUGCCCAUUACCAGUAUGAAUUGAUCUGUGAUAACGACAAUGCUCGACCUUCCGGAUGUUUGUUAUUAUUUGGCUGUGAAUCCGGAAACAACCUAAUCACCAUAGAGAGGUGCAUGAACGUUCCUUUGAAGCUGAAUUAUGUGGACGAUUUUAACGCAACCUUUGAAUACGAUUCCAGUCAAGUUGAUACUCGCAUCAGUCUGCUUUACGUGACGAACCCUCAGUUAAAACCUCUAGGGAUCAUGGUAUUCAACGAUAAGUUCUACGACUAUACAAAGAUGGUAGAGAAACUAAAGGCAGAGAAGAAAGAUAUAAAGUGUCUUUUCGCUUAUGAACCUCAAGCAGGUAAUUGCGAGAAGCAUAAACUAUAUUGCUACAUGAUGGAAGGCAAGCAGAGAGAAAUCAAGUUCAUGAGAAUCGACUUCCAACUACAGAACAUCAAUAUCGCUCUGGGAAAGGGAAGCACUGAGGCUAAAAGCACAGAGACUGUUACAGAUGAAGAGGAGUUUGCUGAUGAAAAGGAGAAAAUAACCAAGUUGAUCACCAAAUUGGAUCGAAUCAUAAAAUAUCUCGAGAGCUUGCCGAAUAACGACUCCAAAAUACUGAGAAAAGUUUCUAUGCUUGUGAUGCAAUUGAAAAGACAACCAACCGAAGACAUAGAGGAGGAGAUUAUGAACAAAGAAAGCGAAAUUAACGCUCUCAAUAUCGCAUGCGAACAAUGGGAAAUUGGCACGUCAAGAUACUUUGAGGACAGUAUUUAA